AUGUCUAUCAUCUGCCCCGAACUGCUGAAACGCAGGUUCUUGAGCAAGCCCCCGAACGCGUGCGUGUGUUUUGCAGAUGCCGACGGGUACCUCUGCCGUGUGACGCUCCUGGCCGCCGAGGAGGAGCCCCUGUCCUGGGGCAUGUAUCCGUACCCGUACCUGGCGCGGGCCGAGCCCGGCGCCCGCAAGGGCACUCGCGUCUACCAGCUGGUCGCCCACUACAGCCACAACGAAACCACCGGAGCUGGGAUAACGUAUGCACUCAUUGCAGGUGGGUCCCUUCUGAAACACCUCAAUGAAAAGUUCUUGCUGCGGGGCAGCUUUCAGACUGGAUUUUCACAUGUGUUGGUAGGUGGUGAAGAGCGAUUUCGGGUGGACAUGGAUACGGGUGCCAUCAUGACCACGGGAUUGCCUUUGACAUGGAACAAGGAGUACGUGCUCACAGUGCAAGCCAUGGAUGAGCACAGCAACAAAAGCCCCUAUGCCUCCAUCUCCAUCCUGGCUGGUGCCCGUCCUCCCCAGUUCACUAACAUGUCCUACAGCGUGUUCGUCCCUGAGAAUACGCCAGUGGGAGAAAAAGUGGCAGUGGUUGAGGCCGUCUCCUUCCAGAGCCAGCCGCUGUCGUACGCGCUGCUGCGGAACCCCGGCGGGCUCUUCCGCGUGGCGCCCGAGAGCGGGGAGCUCAGCCUGAGCCGCCCCGCCGACUUCGAGAGCCAGCACCACCUCUACCACCUGCUGCUGGAAGCAGCCGAGGCCGCGAGCGCCCUGAGCAGCGUCACCGAGGUCCUGGUCCACAUCACCGAUGAAAACGACUGCUCUCCUGAAUUCCAGCACUCCAUUUACAGCAGAGACAACAUUCCUGAAACAAUUCCCGUGGGCACUUCUAUUCUGCAAGUUCUUGCGACAGACUGCGACUCCGGCUCCAACGCUGAGAUCAUUUACUUCCUUCAGAGCGCUGAUUUUUCCAUCACACGACAUGGGGUCAUCAGUUCUAACCAGAGGCUGAACUUUGAGCGAGCCAACCACAUGUAUGAGUUUGUGGUGAUAGCUGUGGACACGGGACAUCCCCCUCGCACAGGAACCGCCUCUGUGCGGGUUCGAAUGGCCAACGUGAACGAUGAGGCUCCCGUGUUCUCCCAGGCUCUUUACAGAACUUUCCUUUCGGAAGAUGCUGGUCCCGGUACCUUAGUGGCUACUGUUCGGGCAAAGGACCCUGAUGGAGAUGGGGUGUUGUACCUGAUUACAGGAGGCAACGAGGAGGGCAACUUCGAAUUGGAUAGGCAAAAAGGUAUCAUUAAACUCCGCAGAAACCCGCUACCUAAUCUGAAAGGCCCACAGUACAUACUGAACAUCACUGCAAUAGAUGACAAUGCCUCUGGAGGACCCACUCCCCUCAGCAGUUUUGCUGAGGUUAUUGUAGGAGUUAACGAUAUUAAUAACAACAAACCUGUCUUCAGAGAGUGCGCGUACUACAGUGACAGCACCUGGGUUCUGGAGAAUCAGCCUCCGGGCACAGCCGUGCUGCAGGUGGAAGCCUACGACGCAGAUCUGGGCCUGAAUGGAGAAGUGAAGUACGGGCUCAUGCACCGAGAUGGAGCCUCGCUGGGCUUCAGCAUUGAUCCAGACACAGGGCUCAUCACGACCACACGGAGCUUUGACCGGGAGAGGCAGCGGGAGCUCACGCUCUCCGUGACCGCCACGGACCAGGCGCAGGAGCCGCUCACCGGUGUCUGCCAGGUCACUGUCCUUAUUGCUGAUGUCAAUGACAACGAUCCCAAGUUUGAAAACAGUCGCUACCAACAUUUUCUCCGCGAGGACACUCCAGUGGGGACAAGUUUUCUGCGUGUUGUGGCUCAUGAUGACGACCACGGUGUGAAUGCUGCCAUCACAUACUCAAUGCUGGAGCACCCACUGGAAUACUUCCAGAUCAACCCCAGCACGGGCUGGGUGUCCUUAAACCGUCCCAUUUCUCAGGCGACGCGCGUUAGCUGCUACAUCGUAGCAACAGAUGGAGGCAACAGAAGUAGCACGGUGGAGCUGACCGUGGCCGUCACGAAUGCCCUCAGUCAGCCACCCCGCUGGGAGCAGAGCCUCUACUGGGUGACAAUCCCUGAAAACACUGUUCGUGACACCACAGUAGUGACUAUCAAAGCCACCUCUCCCCUUGGCGACCCCAGGGUUACAUAUAACCUGGAGGAGGGUCAAGUUCCAGAGACUAACAUGCCCGUCCGUUUCUAUCUGAAGCCGAACCGAGCUGACGGGUCUGCGUCUCUUCUAGUCUCUGAACCACUUGACUUUGAGACAACUAAAUCGUUCACUCUGAGAGUCCGGGCACAAAAUGUAGCCCUGACUCCUUUAGCUUCCUUUGCUACUGUCUGCGUCAAUAUAACAGAUGUGAAUGAUAACGUUCCAUUUUUCGUGUCUUCCAACUAUGAGGUGUCUGUGCCGGAAGGAGCUGCUGUUGGCACACCCGUGGUGCAGGUCGUAGCUACAGACUUGGAUUCUGGCCUACAUGGAGAGGUUCACUACUUCAUACUGAAAGAUGCAAAUGGGGAUUACCAGUUCUUCACCAUGGAGCCUGAAACAGGAAUUAUUUCUACCCAUGUGUCUUUUGACAGAGAGAAAAGAGCCUCUUACUUGAUUGAAGUUCAGUCUCAGGACUCUUCAGAAUCAGCUAGACCUGGUGUUCAUGGGCAACCCAACAUGGACACAGCUUAUGUAAGGAUUUUCGUCAGUGACGUGAACGACAAUGCUCCAGCCUUCCCUCAGGCAGUGUACGAGGUCAGCGUGGACGAAGACAGGGAUGUGGGAAGCCCUGUUCUGACUGCGACAGCAAAUGAUGAAGAUGAGGGUGCAAAUGCCAAGCUAAGGUACCAGAUCACAUCGGGAAACGUGAAAGGAGUUUUUGAUGUGGAACCUGAGGGUGCUACUGUCUUCAUUGCUCAGACUCUGGAUUAUGAGCAAGAGCAACGCUACGAGCUCCGGCUCGUAGCCUCCGAUGGCAAAUGGGAGAACCAGACUCUCAUCGUGGUCACCGUGGUGAAUAAGAACGACGAAGCGCCAGUCUUCACUCAGAGCGAGUACCAGGGCAGCGUCCUGGAGGAGCUCACGGACCUGCCGGUGCUUGUCCUGAAGGUUUCUGCAGCAGACCCCGACCAGGAGGCUGAUCAAAACGCCAUUAUCUACUCCCUGCACGGCCAGGGGGCCAGCAGCGAGUUCAGCAUCAAUGAGAACACGGGCGAGAUCACUGCAAAUAAAAGGCUGGACCGUGAGAAGCGCUCGACGUGGCGCUUCCUUGUGCUCGCGACCGACGAGGGUGGAGAGGGACUGACUGGCUUCGCAGAUGUCAUCAUAGAAGUGAGGGAUGUGAAUGACAACCUGCCCCUGUUCCUCUGUGUGUCAGAUGGUUGUUUCAUGGGUUAUGUCCCCGAGGGUUCCCCAGCAGACACCUCUGUCAUGGACAUGACAGCAGUGGACCUUGAUGACGCAAAGGCUGGUACAAAUGCUGUCCUAACAUACAGAAUCAUUCAAAAUGUCCAAAAUGAAAUAAAUCUGAAUUUGUUCUCAAUUAACUUGGUUAGUGGCACCAUCUAUACCAUGCUGGGGUCCCUGGACAGGGAGAAGGAAGACAGGUAUCUAAUAGUGGUUGAGGCUAGAGAUGGAGGAGGUCUCACAGGGACAGGCACAGCUACCAUUUUGGUGUCUGAUGUAAACGACCACGCUCCAGUUUUCCUGCAGAGGGUCUAUACAGCCUUUGUCUCUGAGAAUGCAAGUAUUAAUACUGAGGUUGCAGUAGUGUCUGCUGUGGAUAAAGAUGAGGGAGAAAACGCCAUGGUGACAUUCAGCAUCCUUGAUGGGGACAACGAUCACAAAUUCUCCAUAGAGACAGAUAAAGUCAACAACUGUGGGCUUAUCCGGCUGCGAAAGCAGGUUGACUUUGAGAAGCCUCAUGAGAGGGUCUUCAACUUGACCGUGAAAGCAGAGGACAUGGAUUUCUUCAGCAUCACUCACUGCGUGGUUUAUGUGGAGGACUCAAAUGACCACGCUCCUGUUUUCUACCCGCAGUUCUAUGAAGUGGCAGCGCUGGGGGAAGAUGUCCCAGUGGGCACCAAAGUCGUUCAGGUUUCUGCCGUUGACUUGGAUUCUGGCCUGAAUGGAAGGUUUUCCUUCCAGCUGCUGAGCAGGUCUGACCCAGGCGGCCAGUUCUCUGUGGCUGGGGAUGGCUGGCUGGUAGUUGCGGGGCCACUGGAUCACGAGACGGUGACACGGUACAGCCUUGUCGUUACCGCCACCGACAUGGGACAGCCCCCUCUGACCGGCAGCGCCACCGUUUCAGUGGCUCUGCAGGACGUAAACGACAACGGGCCGGAAUUUGAGGCUCAUUAUAACCCAGUGGUUUGGGAAAACACAGCUGCUCCCCAGGUCGUCCAGAUGAAUGAGACCUCUACUUUGCUGUACGCUAAGGACCGCGACACGGCUGCCAACGGAGCCCCGUUCUCCUUCCGCCUGCUCGGUGAUUUCAGUGCUGUGGCCAGCUUCAACUUGCAGGAUCUCCGUAACGGGAGCGCGCUGCUCACGGCACUGCGAACCUUCGACAGGGAGGUGCACAAGGUGUUCUACCUGCCCAUCCUCAUCACGGACAGCGGGAUGCCCCCCAGGAGCUCCACCAGCACCUUGACCGUCAACAUCGGCGACCAGAACGACCACCCGCAUUCUCCUGGCUACAUGGAAUGUCUUAUUUACAGCUACGAUGGUAUCCUACCCACGACUGUGCUGGGCCAGGUUCGUGCCCCUGAUGAUGAUGAUUGGGAUCACAAAAUCUACCAAUUUGAAGGAAAAACAUCAAGGCACUUUAUCCUUAAUGAUAACUCAGGAUUGCUGACUAUUAAAGAAGGAACCCCCCCAGGAGUUUACAAUAUGAGAGUUAGAGUCAUUGAUGGUGUCUGGCCAGAUGUGGUCUCAACUGUAAAGGUUACAGUGAAGGAAAUCAAAGGUGAUGCCCUUUAUAAUGCUGGAUCUAUACGAAUAAAAGAUAUCACUCCAGAGGAGUUCAUAUCCCAGUUCCCUGAAAAAGACAGUAAAUACCACCAGAUGAAGAAGCUCAUUGCAGAAAUCGUAUCAGCCCAACUGGAAAAUGUUCACAUUUUCAGUGUAUUAAAAAGCCCAAGUCAGACUCGAGGGAUUGAUGUUUGGUUUGCAGUUUAUGGUCCACCCUAUUACAAGGCAGAAAAACUGAAUGGCAACGUCGCGGUAGCCAGAGCACGGCUGGAAAGCAUCUUGGAUAUAAAUAUCACCCAAGUUGGCAUCGAUGUGUGUGCGACUGCGAACUGCUCUCACAGCACGGGCUGCAUGAGCAAGUCCGAGCAGAGCCACGUGCCCUCGGUGGCCUCAGCGGGGAGCGCUUCGCUGGUGUCGGUGACGGUCGUGAGCAGCGCCCUGUGCGGCUGCGCCGCGCGGGAGGGCCCUCGUCCCUCCUGCUCCGCGCACCGGGCAAACCCGUGCCUCAACGGGGGCACGUGUGUGGACGGCGAUUUGGGCUACAGGUGCAAAUGUCCUGCAAAUUUCCAUGGACCAGACUGCCAGCAGACAAAACACAGCUUCACAGGCCAUGGUUAUGCCUGGUUCCCUCCUCUUAAGCCUUGCUUUGAGAGCCGUAUCUCCUUAGAGUUCAUCACUGAUGUGGCUGAUGGCCUUCUGCUGUACCAGGGACCAGUGGCACGCGGACAGCCUGGAGAAAAGGAAAAUUUCAUUGCAUUAGAGCUCUCGGGAGGUGUCCCGUCGCUCACUGUGAAGCACAGCUCUGGGGACCUUCUCCUGCAGCUGUCACGAAACGUUAACCUUGCAGAUCACCGCUGGCACAAUAUAAAAAUCGUACACGACGGAAAGAAAGUGAAGCUGAUUCUUGACCACUGCAUAAAUGUCUCAGUUAGAGACAGUAGCAGAAUCACUAAGAAGAUCUCCCAAAUGGAUCUGGCCGCCUGUGAAGCCUCUAAAGAGACUGUGGGAAUUCAGAGCAUGGGUGGUCUCUUCAGUGGUCAGCAGCCCCUGCAGUUGGGUGGAGUUAAGAAGACUUUUCCCUUCUCCAGUUCCCAGAAGCACUUCCGAGGCUUUGUUGGCUGCAUCCGCAAUGUCAUUGUGGACAGCAAGGUCUAUGACCUGGAGCACCCUGCAGAGUCCCUAAACAGUGCUCCUGGGUGCGUCCUGACGGAUGAAAUGUGCCGGGGAGCCAGGCUGGCCUCCUGUGGUGCCCAUGGCAAGUGUGUUGCUGGCUGGGAUUUCUUUCACUGUGACUGUUCCCCAGGAUAUGCUGGACCUGCAUGUGACAAAGCACUUCCAGAAUGGGCCUUUGGAAGGGAUAGCUGGAUCCACUACGAGCCAAGAAGCAGCCUGAGCACCCGCAGCACCCACAUCCAGCUCAUGGUGCGCACCCGCAUCGCCCACGGCACCCUGCUCAGCCUGGCCGCUGCGCGUGGCCGUGGACACAUCCGGCUGGAGGUGGUUGGGGGUUCCUUCAGUGUAAACUUCAGCUUGGAGGACAAAAAUUACUCCCUGAGGAUGAGCACCUUGCGUAUAAACAAUGGCCAGUGGGUCCUGCUGACCAUGGAGCGCUACAACAACGAAUUUACCCUGCGUGUUAAUGAUGGUGGAGGUGAUCAAGAAGUGACCUCUGUCUUGGGUACAAACAGGUGGUUUGAAAUGGAUUGGACAAGCAUUGUGCUAGGAAACCGCCUUCCCAACCUUUCGGAGAGUGACUUCCAAGGCUGCAUGCGCGACGUGCAGCUCGACGGCCGCCCGCUCCUCGUGGAAGGCCAGAGCUUGGAGCUGGCCCUCGUUCGGAGGCGACAGGGCGUCACGAUGGGCUGCCACUCCACUGCCUGCAGCGGCCAGCCCUGCUACAGCCCCUUCUUCUGCGUAGACCUGUGGAGAAAGUACGAGUGCCGGUGUCCAGCUGGGAAAGUCGAAGUGACGGAUAACCUUACAGGGCUCAGACACUGCACCUCCUCACCGUGUGGACACUGGACCUGUAGGAAUGGGGGCACCUGUGUGGCCCAAUCCCAAGACAAGACUAUCUGCCAGUGCCCCGAUGGGUACAAGGGAAGGUGGUGUGAAAUUAGUCAGGUGAAAGCAGGAAGACCAGUUGGACUCAGCUCUGGCUCUAUUCUGGCAAUCAGCAUGUGCCUCCUUGUCUUUCUAGCUCUCCUGGUCUCCUACACAGUGUGGAGUCAGUGGGGAACCUCAGGGUUUCGGAAGGGAGGAAUUUACCACAUUCCUGAAGAGCGUGAAAGCUGGGAGGAUGUUAGAGAAAAUGUCUUCAAUUAUAACGAGGAAGGAGGAGGAGAGCGUGACCAGGAUGCAUAUGAUAUAGAUGAACUGAAGAAACCUCUCCGAAAUGUUCCCCACUUCUCCUUGCGGGCAGCUGCUCUGCAUUCCAGGACACCCACCGGGCCAAAGAGAGACUCGCUCCCAAACCGUUCCCAUCAAAAACAGCCAGAAGCUGUUACCAGCGUCCCAGAUUUCAAGGAAUAUGUAUCUCAAAUUGUCUGGAAGGCAGACAAUGAUCUACGGAGUCUCCCAGCUGACACUCUUCAUUAUUACUGCUUAGAAGGGCAGUGCUCUCUAGCAGGGAGCCUUAGUUCCCUAGACUCCGUUAGUGAUGAUGAUGAUCUAAAUUACGAUUUCCUCCAAGAGUGGGGGCCGAAGUUUGACAGGCUUAAAGAACUCUACCAGCCCUCAGAUGGAUAUUUGUGA